CUACCGCGUGACAUACGGCACCGGAUUGGCCAAUCGUGCCGCCCGUCAGGAUUUGUUUUCGAGCAGCCGGGUUAGGCUGUGGCGGCUCCGGGGGCUGAAGGAACGGAAUCCCUGGACACAGCUAAACAGGGAGGGGAGAUUUAUACGCCCGCCCCCUUCCUGAAGCACGUACGGAUGUUCGACGAUCUGUGAAGGGGCUCAGCUGCCGGGGUAGUGAGUCAGUGUCUCCCCCCCGGGUGGGAGAGGCCCCCGGUGCGGGCCACGGUGCCGGGGGGAAGGGAUGACUCUAGAUUCAAUGAUGGCCUGCUGCCUGAGCGAGGAGGUAAAGGAAUCCAAGAGAAUCAACGCGGAGAUCGAGAAGCAGCUGAGGAGGGACAAGAAAGACUCUCGGCGGGAGCUCAAAUUGCUUUUGCUCGGUACUGGAGAGAGUGGAAAAAGCACAUUCAUUAAACAGAUGAGGAUCAUCCAUGGCUCAGGUUAUUCUGAAGAGGACAAGAGGGGAUUCACCAAGCUAGUUUUUCAGAAUAUCUUCACUGCCAUGCAGUCUAUGAUAAGAGCCAUGGAAACACUGAAAAUUCUCUACAAGUUUGAACAGAACAAGGCCAAUGCUCAAAUUGUGCGAGAAGUGGAUGUAGAGAAAGUAUGUACCUUUGAACAGCCAUAUGUGAAUGCAGUCAAAAACCUGUGGAGUGACCCUGGGAUUCAGGAGUGCUAUGAUAGACGGCGGGAGUACCAACUGUCAGAUUCUACCAAGUAUUACCUGACAGAUGUGGACCGGAUUUCAAAACCCGGCUACCUGCCCACACAACAAGAUGUGCUACGUGUAAGAGUGCCAACAACGGGUAUAAUAGAGUACCCUUUUGAUUUGGAGAACAUCAUCUUCAGGAUGGUAGACGUUGGUGGUCAGAGGUCUGAACGAAGGAAAUGGAUUCAUUGCUUUGAGAAUGUCACUUCCAUCAUGUUCCUCGUAGCUCUUAGUGAAUAUGACCAAGUUCUUGUGGAGUCUGAUAAUGAGAAUCGGAUGGAGGAAAGUAAGGCACUGUUCAGGACCAUAAUCACGUACCCAUGGUUCCAAAAUUCCUCUGUCAUUCUGUUCUUAAAUAAGAAGGAUCUGCUGGAAGAUAAGAUCAUGUAUUCCCACCUCGUAGACUAUUUUCCUGAAUUUGAUGGCCCUCAACGGGAUGCUGCAACAGCUCGUGAAUUCAUUUUGAAGAUGUUUGUGGACCUGAAUCCUGACAGUGAUAAGAUCAUCUAUUCGCACUUCACCUGUGCCACUGAUACCGAGAACAUACGCUUUGUCUUCGCUGCUGUCAAAGACACCAUACUACAGCACAACCUUAAAGAGUACAACCUGGUGUAACUAAGCACCCACCUACCCAUAACUUCCUCCUCUUAAUUAGAAAGCUGGGAUCAGCCCCAUCACCAGAAAGCAAAGCACUGGUGUGAGCGAAGGGGAGGAGGCUCCAGUCUUGCUUUUGUUUUUAUCUUUUUUUUUUUAAAAAUUUUUUUAUAAUUUUAUUUUGUUUCUAAAUGGGAUGAUUUUUGCCAAAUUAGUAAAGGUGCAGCUUAUUGCGGCACCAUAUGCCUUUGAUAAGUCGUUGAAAAUCAUGGGUUUAUAUUUCAAAAAUCCUCUGACUUUUUCUUGUAUUAAAACAGUAAGAAGGGGAAUAGAACAGGGAGUCUGGUAGUGGAGAGCUUGCUCACCCUACAGCCAUCUUCUCCAAUUUUUAUUCAGAAAACUCCAGCCCUCAUUUCUUACUCUAAAGUGGGUGCAUGAGUUCUCCCUUACAGAAUCCUUCUUUCAUUUCAUAAUGUUUGGUUUUAUUUCAUUAAGCAGCAUUGCAUGUUUUAACAGAUUCUAUGAACUAUAGGGCUAUAAACCUUUUUUCUUUUUAGGGAUGAUUAAUUAGAUAUGUCUACUACACAUAUCUUUCCUGGGCUUUCUGGUUCCACCUCUUAUUCCCAUCCCAAGUGACUUCCUUCCUUAUUGUACUUUUUGAAGGGCAGUGACCCAAAGACUUUGAGGACUGUUCCUUCUCACCUCUGGGAAUGGAUGCCCAAGUUUGUGGUAACAAAACAAUAGGGGAUUUUGUUCUGCUCUGCUUUGAACACAUUCCUUCUGUCACCUCCCAGGUUUUUUUUCUAUUUUUUUGCAUUAAAUAUGCCAUAUAUUUUAUUAUUUUUUUUAUGUGCUGAUGUGUCCAAAGUGAAUUUUAUUACAGUUUGACAUUUUAACUACCUAAGGCACCAGAAUUUUAUUUCAGGACUUUUGGUUAUCAAUUGUAUAAGGCUUUUUCCCUAUUUAACUGCAUUUGUUUUCUGCUGGUCAUUCCCUUUAAUAUCGUACCUCUGUUUCUUGAUAAUUAUACCAGUGUACCAAGAAUGAGGCAGUUAUCAGACACAAUGAAUGGCCAACUCCAUUUUUACCACCACCACUGGACGGUGGCAUCCUAAGCACAAACACUAAUCAAUUGGGAAAUUUACCAUAGAGAGGUAGGUGGCAUCCCAUGCAAGGUUAACUUAUUGGCCCCAUUUGAAAUUUCUUAUGUGAUGUGCAAUAAAGUUACAUUAUCCCAUCUUGAUUUUAUUGUUUGCUGCAUCUACAGCAAUGACGGCUAUUUGACAAAAACACUAAGGGCUAGAUUUAUCACAGUUUAAAUGGUAUUUUUCCUGCAGAUUUAACAUUUUUCGGGCUUUAAUGAAGCCUUCUCAAUACUUUUUGACACUUUUUGAAAACAUUUUAAUGAUCUGGCUUUGACAGCUAGGCAUUUCCCCUAGAUUAAAAAUCAAAAAACAAAAUUUUAUGUUUUUUCCUCCUCUAGUGACAAAAAGUUAUUAUUCUUGAACUUUGAUAAAUCUCCCUCUAAAGAGUCUGUACAUAAAGGAAAUACACUACUUUGGGACAUUUCACAAAUUUGUAUUGACACGAAAAGGUGUCUGGAGAAUAUUUAGCAUGUAGGGAUGCAUCGCUGCAUAUCUACAGGGGUACACAUUGCCUUGUUUUACAAUCGUUGUGUGCUCCAGUAAUCAUACUUGUUAGUACAGCAUCAUGGGAUAGCCAGUAUUUAAGCAUUGGCACAAUACUGUGUAUGAUCUACUCUACUAUAAUAACCUUCUGGAAUUGCCUGGAAGCUUUAAACAUGGUCACUGUCAUGGUGGUGUCCUAGUGCAGUGUCACUGUGACAUCUAGUGGCUAUAGAUUGUAAAGCAGGUGUUGCAUUUUACCACCAAGAAGUGCAACCAAGUUUGUUCACUUGUACCAACUGAAUGUUAAAAUCUUGUCUGGUCUAAACCGUAAACAGUAAAAAUCAUUUGCACCCUAUUAGAUGUGUAAAGCUUAUGAAUAUAUUGGCCUGUGUAUUGGGCCACAAUGCUAGCUUUCCUGAUGGAUUUUCUAAUGGGGUUCAAAGAGCAUUUUUUCCAGUCUUUCUUGUACAUAUCUGGUGUGGGCUGCUAUGGAUAGUAAAUGCGGUCCACUCCUAACCCCCACUGCCACGUGAUCUGAUUAUUGGCCUGGAGAUCAAACCACACUAGUUUAUAGUUAAGCACCAAUGCACCCCACAUGUCCAGAUCAUAUGUGCAUAGCUAUCGUAAUUACAUGAAGUGACUCAUGGAGUUAACAUAUUUGAUUGCUUACAGUGAGAACAGAUCUGACACCUGCCAUAUAAAGCUUCUUUGUUAAAUAAGAACAUUUAAGAACAAUUGAAGUAAAGUUUAAAAUCUUGAUGAUUCUUCUCUGUUGAGUUUUGGUUAAUUCAAAUUGAUGCUGGGGGAUAGAAGAUAAAAGAUUGAAAAGACAACCCCACCUGAAAAUGUCUUUUUGGGUUAAAUGCUAGGUUGGUGAGGGGUAGUAGAAGAAGAAUUUUGUUUGUCUUAUAUGCUCUGUUUUGUCACUUUCAUUUUAUUCAGAUGAAGCCUAAAACUACUGGGUUGACCUCUAGCCCUAUAAUGCAUCAGAGGACUGCAUCCAUCCCAUGUGCCAAAAGUUAUUUUAACAUUAAAUGAGGUGGGAUUGGAGGAAUAACCGAUGGAUGGUACAAUUACUCCAACCCCCUACAGUGAAUUCAUGUUACUAAGACUGGAGCUAAUGGCUUCUUGAGGCCUCCAAAAGGGCAAGCCACUUUUUUAGUAGCUUUGGGAAAAAUUGAAUUGAAACCAUACAGAGUUGAAGUUGAAAUCAAAUUUACAGAGAAUGUGACUAGACAAGCUUUUACUUGACGUAUGUUUUAAUCCCUAAUAGAAAAAAAUAAACCAAAUCCAAAUGCCCUUUAUUUUUUAUUAUACUCAUUUUGCCCAUUAGACAUUAAACAUUGGCUGGCUAACACCCUGAACUGCUAACUGUAUAGUCCCAGUAACAAUGGAUCUGUCCAGCAUCUUGCCUGUGAAAGGGUGAUCAUUCCCAUAGACUUAGACAUAGUAUUCAUGUCUACAGGAGGGUAGUAACAACCCUAGCACAGGCUAAUAGAUUUGGUGCUGGGUCUGUACUGCAUGACGCAGUUGAAUGUAUUUUAUUUUUUUUCAUCUUGUAAAAAAGGAUUAAUGUCCUGAUUGGGUGUUAGUGAUAAAGACACCGUUUCAUUUAUAGGAAUAUUUUACUUUAUGGGUUUAAAUUUCAAAUAUGUCAUUUUUAAAGUUGUUUUUUUUUUUUUUUUAGUUGUAUCCACUCUGGAUUUGCAUUGUUUUUGUUUUUUUUAAAUUUCCACUCAUAGAUUAAUUGGACAAUAAUGAUUGCAGCUUGCAAUAAAUGAACUGUUCAGAUAAAGGUUAAUUUAAAUUUCUGCCAAAAAGUGAGUGUUGCAGUGUUUAUCUAGAAAGGAUAGAGACAGUUAUAACAGUACCCAGGAAAUAUUCUGCUCUGUGCAAAUGACUGAAGUCACUGGUUCUGUUAUAGCCCAAGUGGCAACGGUGUAUAACACUGGAUUUUUGGGCCCUGCUCUUAUAUGUUGCUAUAGAAGAUUAAGCCUAAAGAUGCCCUUAAAUUGUAGAGUGCGUUUGAUCAUUUUGGAAUGAUUAUGCAAAUGUGGAAUCUAUAGAAUAUUUGGUUAGAGGUGUGUUUUUUUUCCCCAUAGGUUGCAUUGGAGCUAUUGGUGUCAAUUUUGGGUGAAUUGAUGCUUUUAAUGUUAAUUGCUGAUUAUAGAAGAUGAAUGGUGGAUAUUGGCAUUGCUAGAUGUGUGAAGGAUACUGGAUUAUUAUCUAGUGAGCCUUGUUCUUUACUAAGGUCUGUGUGUAUUCUUCAUGUUAUGUAGCUUUGAUCUUUUUCUAAUGAAAUAUCUUUAAAUGGCAGAUCUCUCAUUUAAUUUAGAAAAAAACCCUUUAAUUUAGAAAAACCCUUUAAUUUAGAAAAAGCGACCCUUACUCAUUCCUUUGCUCCUGCAGUGACACUUUUUUUUGUAAACAAAUGUGCCUCUGUUUUUGGGAUUCCCUUAAAAGGAGCACUUUUUAAUGUUCACAGCUUGUUUUUAAGAUGUUCUCCAGCACUAUACAAAUCCCAGCAAGCCAUAAAAAAAAUGUCGGUCUUCAGCUUUCCAGUGAAUGUGUUUCUAGUAGUGUGACUGGGCAAUGGCACACGAGAUGUUUAAAAACAGACUCCCCCCCACCCCCCAGUGCUCACUAGUAGCCGGUCACUUUCCAUUGGCUUUUUAUUCACGGAACCAUUGAUUUCCGUGGGGAAAAAAACUGACUCCUGGUUAAUGGAGGACAUUAUGGUGACUACAAUGAAACUGGCUAGUGUGCUGUUUGCCUGAUAGUUGUUUACUUCUCAGUUUGUGUUUGCUGGUGCCAAUGCUAUGUACAUGUACUUAAACUCAAACAUCUGUCAGUAUAAAGAGGUUCCCAAUAAUACAUAUUCUCAUCAUGGCCAUGUGCCAUUGUAUUAGUUGCAGUCUAUUCAUUGAUAUUAGUCACUUUGCACUUACUAUUUCUCAUAGGUGUUUUUCUGAGUUGAGAAGAGCAGUCUCCUGUAUCUCAGCACCUGCCUUUGUCAGGGUAAUAUACUUUGCACUUUUCAAUGUUUCUACAGAACCCCUUCCAGCACCAUUUCAGCCUUCCAGGCAUCUUUAUUUUAGGGAUUUGAUCAGUGGUUUUUAACCUUAGCUCCCCAGAUGUUGCUGGAUCACAACUCCCAGCAUGCUUUAAACAAUAUUCAUAUGUUGGAGGGAGUUCAUAGAAUCCAAGUUUAAGAAACUGACCUAGAAGAAAGCAAAAAAAGAUACUCUGGGUAUGUCUACGGCCAGAGAAAUAAUUUUUAUUUAUGCAGCCGCUUAGAUUGUUAUUGCAAGUUCAUCUGCCCUUUCAUCCAGCUAAGCUUAGAAGGGAAAUCACUCCAGUCUUAUCACCAGUUGCUUUUUUAUAUUUGUAUUUUUCUUACCCUAAAUCCUGUUAAUAUGGUGUAAUUAUUAAUAUAAAUAUUUUUUGUUUUAAUGCUUUUAUGUGAUUCAUGUGUGACAAACCCUUUUCCCUCCCGCCUUGCCAUUUCAUGUUGCACUGUGUAAAAAUGAAAUAAAUCCACUUUUUGCCACCUCUCCCUGUACUAUAGCUAUAGAGGAGCGCACACAACUCUUUUUCAAUGUGUUUCUCAAAGCAGAUUAGGUAGGGAUGGGACAGAUGGAACAGCAACACUCUUGAGUCGAUGUAUUGAGCCCAAUGGCGCUGCUUUUUUGCUUUUUUAAUGUGCAAUAUCCUACACUAGUUUUUGUUCAACCCCUUUAUUAUUGGUUUCCCAUCCAUAACGUAUCCUCAGUCUGUUGUACACUACUAUAUAUGUGUGUGUAAUACAUAUAUAUUGACAUUUCCAUGCUGCCAUAUUCCUUCCUUUCUCCCAAGUUCAUUCUAAGCAAAUUCAGAAAGGAGGGGAGAGGCUACAAGGAAAGUUACCUCAGAAGCGUUUUUCCUCCAGUGUGGGAACACAGGCUGCCUUACUACACGCCAUAACAUUCGAAUGUUGCUUUAUGAUGAAACAUAUCUUUAUGAUGGUGUUGCUUAUCUAUGUUCUAGAACUUAGUAUUGGUUAUGGAAGUGGUAAGUGUUUGGAAGGUUUGCUUUGUUUGUUUGCAGUGCGAGUUCAUGGUGGUGGUGUAAUUAUAUUACAAUAUUUCUGCUGCACUGCACCCCCUCCUUUAUUAUUGAUGGCCUCUGAUAUAGCUGAAGCUGCUGUAGCUCAGUCUAAUGGAUAUUUAUGGAAUAUUCUGUACAGUGAGGGGACCAAGGAUGCAUUAUUAUUACCUCUUCUGUUUACCUACAAAUACACACAAUGCCCCAUUCUGGCUUGCCUCCAGUUCUUUAGCCAUAUUGGUAUGGGUGGGGGUUUAAUGACCUGUUCCCCUUUUGGGUUUACUUUGUGAGAUUAUUAAGGCCCCUUGUACUACGAGGGUAUAAAACAGUGCAUUUUCCACUCACUAUUCUUUAUACACUGUUCUCUUCUUGGUAUCUGGGCGCUGAGUUGUUUUGAAUUUUUUUUUUAACUAAUUGCUUUUCCACCUUGUCUCUUUGUGCUGACCCCUGCUCCUAUUACCUAAAUGCACACUGGAAUUUGAUUUUCAUAUUGUGCUCCUCUAAUUAAACUAUUUGAAAUUUGGAAUAAAUUUUGUUCCUAUAA